AUGAUCAUAGACAAGUCAUCAUCAUUGACUUACAAUUUGGCUACUAUCUUAUCAAACAAAAACACUGCUUCAGUCGUGCACAUGACAUAUGGUGUAUCUAAAGGGUCUGGCAUAGAGGCAUGUCAUGCACACGGCUCAGGACCAUUAAGCAGCGGUUUCACGAUUGAUGAUGAUGACAUGAGAAGAUACAACCUUGCUUUUGUGCUGUGCAAGAUAGGAUCCCAUCUGCCAAGUCCAAUGAUGGCCAAUCUGUCUUCUUGGAUCUCUGCCAUCAUGUUAAGCGCAUCACAAGCUGCAAGAAUAGCUGUUCUUCAAUCAAAACUAAUUGCGAAAGUGCAUGAAUUGGACAAAGAGCUGGAUAAGGUGGGUGAAAUGGGUGUCAUGACACAUAUACUGAUUGACAUUUUGACAUUGUGUUUGUGA